AGCUAAAGCCUUAUACAACCAAGCAUUUUUUUAGCCCUUCCAAAAUCUUUUGGGUUCUUUUUUCUUUUCUAUCCCUCUUUUACUCUUCGUUUACCCGAAACCGCCCUUCCUCUCUGUGUGCAGUGUGCGCAUAUUUCAUCCAGAUUUUCUUCCUGUUUGGUUCGUGUUCAGCUAAAGCCUCACACACCGGUCGUGUUGUGUUUUUGUUGCUUAUUUUGAAGGGUACCCAUUUGAAUGAAGUUGCUUUUAUGCAUCUACAUUGUGCUUGUUGAUUCCGAGAGCAAGGGAUUUGAAUGAUUUGCUUUUCCUGCAAAAGGAGUUGGAGAUUGAAGUCUGCGAAAUGGGCUUUUGCUGAUGAAAUAUUGUAGUGGUUUUCUUUUAUAGUCAAGAGGAUGGAAGUUGAGAAAAGACGCUCGAAGGGAGGCUUCCUUAACUUGUUUGAUUGGAAUGGUAGAUCUCGGAAGAAGCUGUUCUCUAACGAUUCCGAAUUACCUGAAGGACUGAAGCGGGGAGAAGAAAAUGCAGAGAAUGUGUCGAAGUCAUGGUUCGAUAGGGUAGAGGUUGAUGAUAAUGAAGCAAGUUCAAGUAAUAAAGGAAGUGGUGAUUAUAACUGUGCUUCAUCAGUGACUGAUGAUGAAGGAGGUGGGGCUAGAGCUCCUGGAGUAGUUGCUCGACUCAUGGGUUUGGAUACGUUGCCAGCUUCAAAUGUCACUGAGCCCUGCUCAACCCCAUCUUUGGACUCCUGCUCUUAUAGACCAUCCUUUUAUGAUAGGAGCAAUCCUAAUUUGGGGAGUGAUUAUCACCUCAUGGAUUUCAUGAACGUGCCCAAUAAGCUGGAGAAAUCUUCUUGGAAUACUAUAGAGUCAAGGACACAGAAGCACCAGAACCGCCCUUUUGAGAGAUUUCAAUCAGAGACAUUGCCUCCAAAAUCAGCUAAAUCAAUUCCAAUUACGCAUCAUAGAUUGUUGUCUCCUAUCAAGAGUCCUGGGUUUAUCCCAACCAAGAAUGUGGCGUACAUAAUGGAAGCAGCUGCUAAGAUAAUUGACGCAAGCCCUCGGGCAUCUACCAAGAAUAAAGCAUCAUCCCUCGGGUCCUCAUCAGUUCCUCUGAGGAUCAGGGAUUUGAAACAGAAGUUGGAAGCUGGACAUAGUGCAUCCAGACCAGAAAGAUUCAAGGGACCCAGUGCUGUUAAGUAUAAGAGUGGGCAUUCUAAUGAUGGGAGCAGCAAUGGAUCUGAAUGCAAAUCUUUUACAAAUUUAAAAAAGAGUGGUUCUGGCAAUGUGAAGAAUAAGGGAAAAUUAGUUUCCCUUGCAGUACAAGCUAAGGUCAAUGUUGAGAAAAGAAAUGGAUCAACUUCAAGUAGUAACAGGACUUUCAUGAACCGGAACGAAAAGAAUGAUGUGAAAUCAAACCAGUUUUCCAAGAACCUGCCAAGUAUGCAAAGGAGUGAACAGAAGAGAACUUUUGCAAACAGGACUAGCAAUGUGCUUCGGCAGAAUAACCAGAAGCAAAAUUCUCUAUCUAGUAAUGAUAACUCGAGUUCAAAAACCUCAGUUUCUAAUCAGCUAACAAGGACUCGGUCCUCCAGUGGUUCUGUUGGGCCAAAUAAGAGUGUAAAUAAGGUUGUUGUGAACUCUGAAACUGGGGCUAAAACGCUGAGCUCAGUGGCAAUACCUACUGAAAAGGAGUUCCCAUUAUCCACAAGGAUGAAGGUCCCCCUAAAGAAAAUGCCUGUAAGUGGGGGAGUUCGUCUUCGAAAAAAUCGCGUUGAUGUGGAAUUGCUCAAUAAUGAUGAAAGUUCUAGAAAAUGUAAUGUUGCAAUAGAUGGAUGCACAAGUUGGGGUGCAGAUAACAUGAAACAAGGAAUGGAUGUAAUUUCAUUUACAUUCACAUCUCCCUUGAGGAAAUCCAGACCUGAAACAAACUCCUCUAGUCGUGUAAUGGGAAUUAAUAACCACAUUGGUAAUGAUUCUUUUGCCGAUAGUGAUCAGCCUCUUCUAAGCAAUUUUAAGCUAUCUUCUCCUGGGCUAAAUGCAAUUGGUGGUGAUGCUUUGAGUGUUCUAUUGGAACAAAAACUGCAGGAGUUGAGACAUAGAGUUGACUCAUCACACUGUAACCUGAUCAGAGAAGGGAAUUCUGCUAGUUUGGUAUCAGGUUUUCAGGAUUCAGAUCCCAGUGUCAUGAGCUCCAAAUCAAGGGAAGAGAAUAAUAGGCUUCAAUUUGAUCUGCUUAGACAUAAAUUAGAUAGUUUAUAUGACUUGGACGGCUCUUCACUUGAUGAUCUAGUGCAGAAUGUGAACCGGCAGAGGCAGGGAUCUGAAUGGAUGGAAGUGCAUAGCAGCUGCAGCAACAACAGUGCAACUGGAGAAGAACUUGAUUGUCUAAACCCCAGGCCUGCUUCAAGUUUUGAACACUCUUUUGUCAGUGAAAGUGUCCCGGAUGAUAGCCAGAGUACCAUUGAGAGCACAAAGUAUUUACUGGAGCAAGCUCAAGAAUCAUCUAAUUGGCACUCUACAAAUGAAUCUCUACAAGUGGGAGGUGAGAUUGAAUUAUCUGACUCAGCCUCUUCCGUGUCUACAAUGGAUAUGGGCAGAAAGCAUGCAAGUAGAACAUUCAGUUUGAUGGGUUGUAUGGGAUCAAGCAACUGGGAACUAGACUAUGUGAGGGAUAUACUCAACAAUGCUGAGUUAAUGUUGGAAGAUUUUGCACUGGGUCAGACCGGUAGGGUUGUGGCUCCAAAUCUCUUUGAUCAGUUGGAAAAUCAGGGAAAUGGAUCACAAAGAAAUAGAGAAGAGUACUACAAGCUUGGGCGAAAGGUUCUAUAUGAUUGUGUGAGUGAAUGCCUGGACUUGAGGUAUGGGCCAAUUCUUACUGGAAUCAGCAGCAAAUCAUUGGCCAACUCAGUGGCACUGUCAGGCAGGAAGAUGUGGAUUGCAGAGGAACUAUAUAAAGAGAUUUUAGGUUGGAAAAGCAUGGAGGACUUGAUGGUAGAUGAGCUUGUGGACAAAGACAUGAGCAUUCAGAAUGGGAGAUGGCUUGACUUUGACAUGGAAGCAUGCGAAGAAGGUAUGGAGAUUGAGAAGCAAAUAUUGGCUUCUUUGGUUGAUGAUAUGGUUUCUGAUAUAUUGCAUUAGCAUAGAUAGCUUUCUAUUAUUUUAAUUUUAUUGUGUCCAGGUGGUUUGGUCCCCAAGCAAAUCUUGUACUUCUUCCCUUUUCUUUUGGGUAUAUAUAUUAUUCAAAAAGGUGAAAAGCAUCACAGAUCA